AGCACAAGGUGUAGCAAACUUAGAUGCUUCUUCCAUUUGUCAUGUUUCUACUUACAUAAAAGUGGUAGAGGAUUUGAAACUACAAAUCCUACACCAAAGUGUAAGCAAGCACAAGAGUUAAAAUAAUUUACAGAUUACCGCGAUUGACCGCGUUGAAUACUUGUGGCAACUUGAGCGACUAGUUACUGUUUGAUAUCUGCGGGAGUAAUCAUUUCAGCGAGAUAAUAUUGAAAUGGCAGCAAACACUCGAUCGCGUAAAAAGGCCGUUAACGAAACCGAUCAAAACAACACGGAAAUACAUGCAGAUCUUUUAAAACGUGCCGAGAAGAACCGUCAGAAAGCUUUACUGUUGAAAAAGGCGAAGCUGAUCGCUCAUCCUUACGCGAAAGAGGACAACACUGACACGGUUACUGGAAGACUCGUCAAAGUAAGAGGUCAACGUGUAAUCGAUAGCGGAGGUGGAUUCCUCAUUGAAGAAGAUGACGAGCUUGAGCAACAAAUGCUAAAGAUUACAUCCGUACCAGCACCAAUUAUAAGUAAACUGCCUAUAUGUAACGAAUGCCUGGGUGAAUUCAAAGAUUCCUAUCUCUUCCAGACCUUCGAUUUAUUGGUUUGCGAUAAGUGCAGAGACAACGAAGACAAACAUUCUCUAAUAACAAGGACAGAAGCAAAACAAGAAUAUUUGUUAAAGGACUGUGACCUUGAUAAAAGGGAACCACCUUUGAAGUACAUCGCAAAAAAAAAUCCACACAAUGUACGAUGGGGCGAAAUGAAGAUGUAUUUGCAUCUUCAAGUAGAAAAACGUGCCCUCGAAGUUUGGGGUUCGGAAGAGGCUCUGUUAGAGGAAAGAGAAAAACGAGAUGUCAAAAGACAAGAAGGAAAAAUCAAGAAAUUUAACAAAAAGGUGAAACAAUUACGAAUGAAUGUACGGAGUUCUAUGUACGACAAAACAAAAGCAUCGCACACUCAUGAGUUCGGCGAAGAUACUUACAAUGAGGAGGAUGAUAAUUAUUCCCAUACCUGUGAAACAUGUGGCUAUGAAGAAAUAUAUGAAAAAAUGUAACUUUAAAAAUGAAUUAUUUAAUAGCAUAUCAUUCCCAUGUGUGCUGAAGUAAAGUAUUGCUGCUGUGCGGAACAAAAAAAUAUUGAUCAUUUCUGCAUUUAGACAAUGAUGUUUGUAAGAAAAAAUAUAAAUUUGGUAUUUUGAAUGGUGAAUCGAUAUUUUUUUUCUAGGUAACCCGAUCACACAAUUGCCGUAUUGUUUGGAAAUAAUUGAAAAUCCAAACAUCGUUUCUUUUUGUAUGCGUACUAUCAGUUUAUUUAUUUUCACCUGAUGACUAGUUUUACGUUCGAUGGUUGGGAGACAUAUUCUACAAUUUCACAACUUCAAUUUCAUUUUUUACUACAAAUUCUUUCAUACAUGUAUAUAUUAUAGUGUCAACUGUACAAUAAAAUUCUCGAAAGAAGUGGAUUUGACGUAUUUGAUACAUCGCAUUCUGCUAGCCUACAUGGAUAUAGAUGAAUGAAGGAUUUUUUUUUAUCAUUGUCACGAUUGUUUUUGGCCUUGUAAGAAAUUUCCAUUUCACAGACGUGAGCUGCUGACUAUUCUAUCAGCUUUGCAUAUGAAUUGAGGAGUUCAUGCUUUGGUAUGUGAAAUCAAGAGUCUGAAAUACAAUGAA